AUGAGUUUGGCUGAUUUAGAAGAGUGGCGUAGUCUCUUAAAUAUCGCCACUAGACCUUCCGUAAGAACACAGAUUGAACACCUCAUUGGCAAUUUGGAAUCCACCUUGAAUGCUUCUAAAAAUACCAAUAACGUCUCGAAAGUAGUAUAUAACUCUUUAACAUCAUUUUCAUGGGAUCAAACUCAAAAAUAUGUAACAAUUUUGGUCCCAGUUUCUGAAGAGCCAAAGGACGUUAAUGUCGAUAUUAACUCAGAUUCACUGGACAUUAAGUUUGUUUGUGGACCAAAAAACUACCAGCUCAAACUUAAAAAACUGUUUUCUAAAAUUAACAACAGUAGUUGGAAAUGGAAAAGUGGUUAUUUGCAAGUUAAACUUGAAAAGGAAAAUCAAACUAAUUGGUCAUCAUUAACUUCAACUCUUGAUAAGGAAAAGAAACUAUUACCUCCGAAAACCAAUGAAUCAAAUCCACAAACCAUGCUCAUGGAUAUGAUGAAAAAUCUUUACGAUCAAGGUGAUGAUGAAAUGAAAAGAACAAUAGCAAAAGCAUGGACUGAUGCAAUUGAUAAAAAGGACUUUAAACCUUGAAAACGUUAAUCAACUCCAUUGUCUUUUCUUCCAAUUCUUUAUCUAAUAUCAUAUAACAUUGUGUAUAUA